AGGGGAAAGAGAGAGGGGAGAGAGGAUCCAGGCAGAGGAGACUGUAGCUACCUAACUAGUGCUGUGCCUUUAAAGCGCCAGGCCCCUCCUCCCUCCACACAGUCAGAGUGGAGCAGCAAAGCAAGUUGUGCUGGCAGGAGCCUGAGCCCCACCAUAAACCUUGGCAUCAGCCUGCCUUCAUCCGGCAGUCGGUGAGGACACUUCAGGGCGCAGGGGCAGAGAGACGGGACGGAGAGAGAGUGAGACAGACAGUGAGAGACAGAGAGAGAGAGAGAGAGAGAGAGAGAGAGAGAGAGAGAGAGAGAGAGAGAGAGAGAGAGAGAGAGAGAGAGAGAGAGUGGCGUCAGGAGCAGCCUCCAGAGGGCUCUGACUGAUACAGCUCCUCUCCAUAGCUCUGUACACAGUAGCUCAGCUCUUUCUGCGGUCUCCCGACGCCGGCAGGGUUGAUGAGGAUGGCGGGUGGCUUCUUCAUUUCCACAGCAUCGUCACUAGAGUAACGGUAGCAUCAGCAUCUACAGCAGCAACAGCUUCAGCCUCAGCAUCAUCAGUAGCAGCAGCAGCCGGAUCUACACUCUGCUGCUCGUCCCUAUUCUUCAGCCGCCUCCUCUCUCUAGUGUCUAAGAGUGCUGCUGUCAGGGCCGUUCCUCCCGCCCACCUCCCCUUCUGCCUCCUCCUGCCUCCUCCUCCAUCCCGCCUCCUCCUCCACAUCUCCGUCCUCCACAUGCUCUCUUUCCUUCCGCUGAGCCACGGCACUGAAUGAAUUCCUCGCCCUCUGACUGGAGCUGCUUUCUCUGGGAAGACAGUAAGUGAUGGAGGGAGAGAGAGAGAUACAAAGAGAAAAAGUGGGUGAGUAUAAUAUGCGUGUGAGUGUGUGACUGAAAGAGAGAGAGAGGGAGAGAGGGCGGGAGAGGGUGUCAGUGUGCGUUUUGAUAGAGAUAUUGAGACUGCAAGAGAACUAGCAGGAUGUGCGUGACUUGGAUGAUCCUCCUGUGCAUUUAAUCAGUCAGUAACACUGAGGAGCAUAGACUGUAAGCCCUGGACACAACUACAGCUGCUGAUGUAGAGAGAAGUGCUGCUGAGCCCAGAGAGGAGAAAAGAGAGAGGGAACGACACCCUCCUGUCUCUCCAGGUGUCAUGUGUGAUUGGCCAGCUUGCCCUCUGGCAGUAGCAUCAGCCUGGAUUCAGUGUGUGUCUCGCCCCCCUGCCUGUACCUGGGCUCCGGCUGUCCCUGGGGACGCGCUACUGGGAUUUACCUCUUACUGCUGGAUGGAGAUGGCGCAGGGCUUUCUGCCUUUUUGAAAACUGUCCACAGAAGGAGAAAUACACUGAUAAAAAGAAGAAGCAAAAAUAAUGAAUCAAUCAGCAGCACAACCAGGCAGACUGCUGGAUUCCCUUAGCAACAACUGAGGGAGCGAGAGAGAGAAGUGAAUCAUCUCUGCUUUUCUUCUCUGGUGUCCGGUUUCUGGGUGCACCCCUGCAGACCAGAGUGGACCAACUGAAAGGGCAGGACAAGGGUCACUGCAUGGGCACGAAGGACACGCCAGUCACCCUAAAGCCAGGGGAAGGACCCUCCUCUUCCUCCUUCUCUUUCUCCUCCUCCGGUUCAUCACCAUGUUUGUUUGUCAUUCUUCCCCUGCACAUUCUAUUCAUUAGUCACAUUUUACUCGCUAAAACGUCUGUUUAUCCUCAUUCCUGCCACCUGGAAUAAGCCCUGCCGUUGAAGAAAAGAUUGGACAUUUUUCACACACAUACACUCACACACACACAAAUAAGCACAGAGAGACUCUCAUCCCUCCUCAUACCUUCCUUCCUCCUCUCUGAUGAGAAGUGAACAACACAUGUCAGUCAUCGUCUGAGCAUAAAAUGGAUGUGUGCAGAAGUUGCUUUUGAAGUGGGCUAUUUCUUUAUUCCUUCAAGAUUAAUUUAUUCUCCCGUCACUUCUGAGAGAAAGCGAACACUGCACAGCACAGGACACAGGAGGAAUAUCUAUUGUUUUCAAAACGGAUUUGUCCUUCUCUCUCCCUAAAAAAGACAGAAGCCAAACUGAGGGAGUAUAUUUAGAUGGCAAAGCUUGUCUCUACUGCCUACCAAUAAUGUAGAACAAGAUAAUUUCAAAAAAUGAGCAACUGCUGGGAGUUCUAUUUUUCUAUUAUGCUUGGAUAUUCUGAUCUACAAGGGAGGUUGAACAGCUUGACAACCUGGGCUGCACUCUUUUACAGUAACCUGGCUGACACAAAGUCACUGCACCGUACCCGCUAAAUAAGAUUGUAAAGGAAGGUGAGUGGGAGUGGAAAAGAGCAACUUCCUCAUACAGAUGAUCUAAAUAAAUAUCCUCCUCAGAGACCGAUGCAAACGUACACACUGACACAUGAGAUGAGUAGGCUCUCUGGCUCAACAAUAUUACAUAAGGUGUUUUCACACACACCAUUUUAACGCAUGUUCUUUUCUUCUUCCUCCUGUUCCGUGGAUCUAACUUGAGUUUUUUCAUGUUUCUUUUCGCUUCAUUUUUGGUACUAUCCAUUCUGGAGCCAUGGAUGGCAGAGGAUAAGGCCAGGGGGUUGAGCGCUCAGGCCAGGCAAGGUCUUUUGGCUGUCCAGGUGCUUUUAAGAUGUUGAGGUCUCCCUGCGUGGCCGGGGCCCCUGUUCGGAUCAGUAGCACUGAGGCUCCUCGCGGCCAGAGACAUGGACCCCGACUCGGCUCCCCCCCGCCCCCGCCCUCAGCCUCAGCCCGCCGGCCACUGGCCCCACGUUGCCCUGUGAAGGAUGUCCCUCAGCAGAGCUCCGGCCCGGGACACCUCUGAGACCCCCAGCCAGACCCCCAGAGAACGCAUACGCAGCCACAUGAAGAUGGUGAUCAACCAGCUGGACGACAUUCUCAAAGAGCUCAAGGAUGUGGCCAAGGAACUCCGGGAGGUGGUGGGUCAGAUCGACAAGCUGACGUCAGACUUUGACUUUGACCUGGAGCCAGAUGACUGGACGGUGGCCACAGCAAGCAGCACGUCCAGCAGCGAGAGGGGCCUGGGAGAGGCCUUCAGGCUGGACUUCCUCAACCCUGACGUGCUCUCAGACAGCUGGGAGUUCUGCAGCUAUCUGGAGGCCUCAGUCGCUGCAGCAAACGCCGCCCACAAAGCAGCGCCAACGGAGCAGCCCGAGGAUGCAGGGCUGGAGCCAGGGGCGGGGCGUGGGUGCAUCCCCACCCAGACCCAGACCCCAACCCCGCCCCCCACAACCGCCUCAGCCUACUCCCAAAUGAACGGGGGGCUGCCCAUCCCUAACGGACCUCUCAUAGUCACCCCAGACUCGUCCAGUGCCAGCGAAGAGGCCUCCAGCUCCACGUACAGCCACAAGACAUCCCGCACGUCCGGCACCAGAGAGAGGGUCCGCUUCAGUGACAAGAUCCUAUACCACGCGUUGUGCUGUGAUGAUGACGAGGAGGAUGAAGAAGAGGGAGAGGAGAAGAAGGGCGGCUGUGCGACCCCAGACACUGACGACAGUGAGCCCAGUCCUAGUCAAGCCGGCUCGCCCACACCGCCGCUCUCCUCCUCAGAGCACUCCGUCCUCCAGAACUGUCUGGACCCUUCUUAUGUCUCGUUCCCAGUGAUCGUGGCAGCGGGGACUCACACGCUGCCCAGAAAGGGUCUUCUCAAUCCGGCAAGCUGUCGGAAAAAACUGCUACGGAACAGUAGCACACAGACUGUUUCAGAUAAAAGCACCCAAACUGUACUGCCCUAUAUUCCAGCAAAACAGAAAACAAAGGACCACUGAGAAACAGUAACUUUACAACAACAGAACUAAUGAAAAAGGACUGUGUACUAUUUAAUAUUAAAUACAUAGAUCAUAGAUUAAUACACAAAUAAAUAAAUACAUAUUAAUUCCUAAAUAAAUACAUGAUAUGGGAAAUGACUCGACUACCUAAAGUCAUUUUGAGGCUCAGGGAAAUAAAGAUAAAAGGAUAAAGAAAGAAAAGGGAUGUUGAAGGACCAAAGGGCUAGAGCCUGCUAAUGUUACGAAAUGGACCGAAUGGAUUCCCUAUUUAUAAUCAUUUGCAACACUUAUUGAGAUUACUAAAGCAAUCUUUUUUCUAGGAAGUUGAAAUUGUUCUGAAAUCGGAAAGUAAGUGUGAAGAGGUAAUUUCCCUCCUCGUACACCAGUAUAAAUCAUAAGAAGAUAUAAUGCUUGUUCUUUAAGAUGUGGUUAAAAAACACUGCACAUUCUGUACACUGAGAAUCUGUAUAAACAUUGUCUUUUUCAU